CAACAAUUAUCAUGUAAUGCCAUGUUCUGCAACAACCAAAUGAAGAGAAAAAUGGGGGAAAGCAGGAGACAAGGAGAUGGCAAGAAAGCAAAAACUGAAUGGCCACGUAUCAAACCCAAGUCUAAUCUCACCGCUUCUCGCCUCAAAGAUACCGAUCUCUUCACGGUGCAUAAUUUUUUGACCUCUGGUGAGUCAAAGGCAUUCAUUACAGCUGCAGAAUUGGUUGGAUUUGUCCACCAAGGAAGUCUUGGCCCAACAAAAGGCGAAGCUUACAGAGACAAUGAUCGGGUCUCUGUGAAUGACCCUGUUCUUGCAGAUAUAAUAUGGAAAUCUGGACUUGACAAAUUGUUUUCUGAAAUUAAGAUACGGGGCAAAAUUGCUAUAGGAUUGAAUCCAAACAUCAGAUUCUACCGGUACAAGGUUGGUCAGCGUUUUGGGCGCCAUAUUGAUGAAAGUGUUGAUAUUGGAGAAGGAAAGCGCACUCAUUAUACUCUGUUGAUAUAUCUAAGUGGUGGUUUUAGGCCAAAAUCUAAAAAUGAUAAGAGCGGUCCUCAAGAUUCUUCUGAGAUUCUAAUUGGAGGAGAGACUGUUUUCUAUGGUUCCAGAAAUGGUGUUGUUGCUGAGGUGCAUCCUACUGAGGGGAUGGCUCUCUUUCACAUUCAUGGUGAUAAGUGCAUGCUGCAUGAAGCUCGGAAUGUUACUAAGGGUGUCAAAUAUGUUCUAAGAUCAGAUGUAGUUUUUGCUUGAUUAGUCCAUACAUAACCAAAUCUGUCAGCCUGUGUAAGUUCUUCAGUUGAAGUUUAUUUUGUCAGAUGUCUUUUCUUUUUGUAAGUUGUGUAAAAGAAUCAAAUAAGAUUUAUCUGAGACUCGAAAGGGUUAUUGGUUCUUCCACUUCGCUUGUGCCUUUUGGCCUAUUUACAACUGUAUUUGCCUUAAAGCUUGUCAGUAUUGAUAAGUA